AUGACUGUCACCUACACAAGCCAAGUGGCUAAUGCCCGCUUAGGCUCCUUCUCCCGCCUGCUGCUGUGCUGGCGGGGCAGUAUCUACAAGCUGCUCUAUGGCGAGUUCUUCGUCUUCCUGCUCUGCUACUACACCAUCCGCUUCAUUUAUAGGCUGGCCCUCACGGAGGAGCAGCAGCUAUUGUUUGAGAAGCUGACUCUGUACUGCGACAGCUACAUCCAGCUCAUCCCCAUCUCCUUCGUGCUGGGCUUCUACGUGACGCUGGUCGUGACCCGUUGGUGGAACCAGUACGAGAACGUGCCGUGGCCCGACCGCCUCAUGAGCCUGGUGUCGGGCUUCGUGGAGGGCAAGGACGAGCAGGGCCGGCUGCUGCGGCGCACGCUCAUCCGCUACGCCAACCUGGGCAACGUGCUCAUCCUGCGCAGCGUCAGCACCGCGGUCUACAAGCGCUUUCCCAGCGCCCAGCACCUGGUGCGAGCGGGCUUUAUGACCCCCGCGGAACACAAGCAGUUAGAAAAAUUGAGCUUACCACACAACAUGUUCUGGGUGCCCUGGGUGUGGUUUGCCAACCUGUCAGUGAAGGCCUGGCUUGGAGGUCGAAUCCGGGACCCUGUCCUGCUCCAGAGCCUGCUGAACGAGAUGAAUACCUUGCGUACUCAGUGUGGACUCCUGUAUGCUUACGACUGGAUCAGUAUACCGCUGGUGUACACACAGGUGGUGACCGUGGCAGUGUACAGCUUCUUCCUGGCUUGCCUGAUUGGGCGGCAGUUUCUGAAUCCAGCCAAGGCCUACCCUGGCCACGAAUUGGACCUUGUUGUGCCUGCCUUCACGUUCCUGCAGUUCUUCUUCUAUGUUGGCUGGCUGAAGGUGGCAGAGCAGCUCAUCAACCCCUUUGGAGAGGAUGAUGAUGAUUUUGAGACCAACUGGAUCGUUGACAGGAACUUGCAGGUGUCCCUGUUGGCUGUGGACGAGAUGCACCGGGACCUGCCUCAGAUGGAGCGGGACAUGUACUGGAAUGAGCCCGAACCACACCCCCCCUACACCGCUGCUUCUGCACAGUCCCGUCGACCCUCCUUUUUGGGCUCCACCUUCAACAUUAGCCUGCACAAAGAAGAAAUGGAGUUCCAGCCAAAUCCAGAGGAGGAGGAUGCUCCCACUGGCAUCAUUGACCGCUUCUUUGGGCUGCAGUCCCACGACCAUCAUCCUCCCAGGACAAACUCAAAGACUAAACUCCUAUGGCCCAGGAAAGAAUCCUUUUUCCAUGAGGGUCAGCCCAAGAACUCCAAGGGGCCUGCACAGAUCCCCAGGGGCCAGGAAGACAGCAAGGCCUGGAAGCUCAGGGCGGUGGAUGCCUUCAAGUCUGCCUCACUGUAUGAGAGGCCAGGCUACUACAGUGCCCCACAGACGCCCCUGAACACCAUUCCCAUGGUCUUCCCCCCGGAACAAUUGGCACCCUCCAGGCUUCAUAGUGUCACAGGCAUAGAUGCCAAAGACAAAAGCCUAAAGCCGGUGACUUCUGGGGCUAAGAACAGUUUUGAAUUGCUCCCAGAGGGCGAUGAGGCCUUGACAGAGCACCCAGAAGUACAUCAUGUGAAGAGGAAAACUGUCGAGUUCAACCUGACUGAUAUGCCAGAAAUCCCUGAAAGCCAACUCAAAGAACCACAUUUGGAACUAUCGGCAAGCAACUUACACACUAUACUCAAAGAUCACGCAGAUCCUUAUUGGGCCUUGGAAGACAGGGAUGAAGCACAUUCCUAA